AUCCCGGAAUAUGCCGAUUAUUAUUAUCGAACUAAAGCCCACUCCUUUUGUCUACUUUCCCUAACAAACUCUACUCUAAAGUUUAGAGUCUAAACUUUUACUCCGAUUGCAGAUUUUCCGUCAACGAUGCCGGAGCACACGACGGCGAUUGAUUACGUCAUGGAGGCCGCCUCCGGUCCUCAUUUUUCCGGCUUGCAUCUCGACGAUCGAUUCCUUUCUUCUUCAUUUACCGAUUCAAUCAAACAGCCGUUCGUCAUCGGUGUUUCUGGUGGUAGUGCUUCCGGUAAGACGACGGUUUGCGACAUGAUUAUUCAACAGCUUCAUGAUCAUCGUGUUGUUCUUGUUAAUCAGGAUUCGUUUUACCGUGGUUUGACUGCUGAAGAAUCUGCACGUGCUCACGAGUAUAAUUUUGAUCACCCUGAUGCUUUUGACACAGAGCAAAUGCUAGAGUGUAUUGAAACACUCAAACAAGGAAAGUCGGUACAACUUCCAAUAUAUGACUUCAAAAACCACAGGAGAUGUUCUGAAUCCUUCCGCCAGGUUAAUGUAUCCGAUGUUAUUAUCUUGGAGGGAAUACUGGUGUUUCAUGACCAAAGGGUUCGUGACUUGAUGAAUAUGAAGAUAUUUGUUGACACAGAUGCUGAUGUGAGGCUUGCUCGUAGAAUAAGGCGAGACACAGUUGAGAGGGGUAGGGAUGUAAAUUCUGUACUUGAGCAGUAUGCAAAGUUUGUUAAACCCGCUUUUGAUGAUUUUGUUCUUCCCUCAAAAAAGUACGCUGAUGUCAUCAUACCAAGAGGUGGUGAGAAUCAUGUGGCAGUAGACUUGAUAGUGCAACAUAUACGCACAAAGCUAGGUCAACAUGACCUUUGCAAACUAUAUCCCAACAUAUAUGUAAUUCAGUCGACAUUCCAGAUUCGAGGCAUGCACACAUUAAUUCGAGAUAAAGACAUAUCAAAGCAUGAUUUUGUAUUUUAUUCAGAUCGGCUGAUACGACUGGUUGUGGAGCAUGGCCUUGGUCAUUUACCAUUUACGGAGAUGCAAGUAGUCACUCCAACAGGAUCCGUAUAUAGUGGAGUUGACUUUUGCAAAAAACUGUGUGGUGUCUCGAUUGUUCGAAGUGGUGAAAGUAUGGAAAAUGCAUUGCGUGCAUGUUGUAAAGGCAUAAAAAUCGGAAAAAUCCUUAUCCAUCGUGAUGGUGACAAUGGGCAGCAGCUUAUCUACGAAAAACUCCCAAAAGACAUUUCAGAACGACACGUACUUCUCCUUGACCCUGUUCUUGCUACAGGUAAUUCAGCUAAUCAGGCAAUUGAGCUACUGAUACAGAAAGGAGUGCCGGAAUCGUAUAUAAUAUUCCUCAACCUCAUCUCGGCCCCAGAAGGAAUCCACUGUGUUUCAAAACGGUUUCCUUCAGUGAAGAUAGUAACCUCAGAGAUCGAUGUUGCAAUAAAUGAAGAGUAUCGCGUUGUACCUGGUCUUGGGGAAUUUGGUGACCGUUACUUUGGCACCGAUGACUGAUCAUAAUAAGAAAAUUCAUAUUUGGGAUCAGUGACAGGGGAUAACCAACUGCCAUGAAGGGUUUAAUAAAAAACAACUUCAAAUUUAAUCAACCGUAAGGUCUUAACCGCCUCGCUUGAUGGACGUAUCCUUUAAGAUGUAUUAUGUGAUCCCCUGGUGUUUGGAUGGUUAUAUAUGUAUAUAUAUUAAAGUCACUGGGCAUGGAUUUUAUUGUUGCUGAUAGUAAUCAUUUCGGUUUGUGCAUCAUUUUCUCUUUACUGAGGCUUGUAAAACAUGGGUCUCUUUUUCUUUCAAGUAUUGAAAAUGUUAUUGUAUAACAUAUACUGUGGUUAUCUCAACAUUUACAAAAUAACCAGACUUUUAAA